GUGGCAUCGACGUCUGGCAACUGCGCUAGCCCAGGGAUGGCCCAUAGAGAUCUCUCAGUUGUUUACCGUGGCCCGUGUGAGGUAGUGCGCGUCGUUCAUUGACAUUUUGACUCUGAGCAGUGUUACUAGAAAUCCGUCAAGAUUCGGGUCAAAAAUAGAGAACCCGUGCCUGUAUAUCAGAUGGAGCAUCCAGAGGUCGAGGAGGACGGACGCAUGUCUGGUACAGAGGAGCGCGUGUCAGACAUGGAGCAAGAGGACAGUCUAGGUCUGAUGGGCGGCCGCGACAGUCCCCUCAAGCCAGACGGAGGCGUGGGCGGGGGAGUCGUCGAAGGGGAGGACAUUCUAGCCAAACUCCGCCAGCAAGUGUCCGCAGCCUCAAUCUUCAGCCAAGCGGCUAGGGAAGGUGGCCUGGGCUCCACUCCCCCGCCCGGCUCACCCAACAACAACAAUAACAAUAAUAAUGGCCACAACCUGUACGACCGCCUCCACACCCUCCUGCAGGCCAAGAUGAAGAGGGAGGAGGACGGUGAGGGGGAGGAGGACUCGCGCGACCUGGUGCUGCGGGCGGAGGCGCUGCACCGCCAGCGGGAGUCGCUCUUGUCGUCGCCACAGGCGCUCAUGAACGCCAUGCGGGGCGGCGGGCCGCCCUCGCUGGUGCCGCCCGGGCCACACCUGCCCUUCAUCCCCAGCACGGUCGGCCUGCCGCCCACCACACAGAUGCCGCCCACUCCUGGCUCGGCUGGCUCUCGCGACUCCUCGGGCAACGGCGCCCGCACGCCCUCCCACACGCCCGAGCCCCACCAGAGUCAGCAGUCCUGGAGUUUCGAGGAGCAGUUCAAACAGGUACGGGAACCCACGAAGCACUCGUCCUUUGAAGAAGACAAACGCAAGCUCUACGAACUCAGUGAUGAUGUGAAGCGGAAAGGAGUUCCUCGAUGAGCUGUUCUCCUUCAUGCAGAAAAGAGG